CUGAAAAGACGAUUGUCAAUCUGGUCCACCACCAGAGCGAUGCUUUAGCUCUGUAUAGUUUAGAAUAGAGCUCUACAUAUUAUCUAUCAAUAUGUCAAACGUUAUUACUUGCUUAUUUCGGUUUCUGUCACUAGUCAUAUUUUGGAAUUAUGUGGAUGCCGCAGUGAACGGUGGUUGGUCGGGCUGGUCAGCGUGGAGUGGCUGUGCAGCCGGCAUUUGCGCGGGAAACCAGCGUAUUCGAACAAGAACUUGCACCAAUCCCAUACCAAGUGAAGAUGGAAAGUACUGCGAUGAAGGAGACAGCUCGGAACAAAAGGACUGCAUGAUUGACGGCGGUUUCACAGAAUGGAGUCAGUGGUCUCUCUGUGAGAACCCGUGCGGGGGAUCCAUAGUCAACAGGACCAGAGCUUGCACUAACCCUACUCCCAGCCCGGACGGGAAACCAUGUUCCGGAGACACACUUGAAACCAAGUUGGAAUGUAUUUGGCCGUGCCCAACUGGACCUGUUGACGGUGAAUGGAGUUCUUGGACUCCGUGGACCCAGUGUGCCCAAACAUGUGGAAUAUCAGGAGGAACCAUUUUGAAGAGAACAAGAUUGUGCAAUCAACCACCCCCAAUGAAUGGCGGGAAAAACUGUGUUGGUAACGACACAGAGACGGCGAGAUCUUGCUUCACACCUUGUCCAGUUGAUGGCGGUUUCGGUUUGUGGUCUGCUUGGACAACAUGUAGUAAGACGUGUGGGACGGGUUCCCGGUCUAGAAGCAGAGCCUGCAAUAACCCGACUCCUGCUAACGGAGGACAGAACUGCACUGGGGACUCCACUCAGGCGAAGAGUUGUAAACUCACAUCAUGCCCUGGUGAGAAAUAUAGAAAGUUGCAUUUGGAUUUUAGAAUAGAGCUCUACAUAUUAUCUAUCAAUAUGUCAAACGUUAUUACUUGCUUAUUUCGGUUUCUGUCACUAGUCAUAUUUUGGAAUUAUGUGGAUGCCGCAGUGAACGGUGGUUGGUCGGGCUGGUCAGCGUGGAGUGGCUGUGCAGCCGGCAUUUGCGCGGGAAACCAGCGUAUUCGAACAAGAACUUGCACCAAUCCCAUACCAAGUGAAGAUGGAAAGUACUGCGAUGAAGGAGACAGCUCGGAACAAAAGGACUGCAUGAUUGACGGCGGUUUCACAGAAUGGAGUCAGUGGUCUCUCUGUGAGAACCCGUGCGGGGGAUCCAUAGUCAACAGGACCAGAGCUUGCACUAACCCUACUCCCAGCCCGGACGGGAAACCAUGUUCCGGAGACACACUUGAAACCAAGUUGGAAUGUAUUUGGCCGUGCCCAACUGGACCUGUUGACGGUGAAUGGAGUUCUUGGACUCCGUGGACCCAGUGUGCCCAAACAUGUGGAAUAUCAGGAGGAACCAUUUUGAAGAGAACAAGAUUGUGCAAUCAACCACCCCCAAUGAAUGGCGGGAAAAACUGUGUUGGUAACGACACAGAGACGGCGAGAUCUUGCUUCACACCUUGUCCAGUUGAUGGCGGUUUCGGUUUGUGGUCUGCUUGGACAACAUGUAGUAAGACGUGUGGGACGGGUUCCCGGUCUAGAAGCAGAGCCUGCAAUAACCCGACUCCUGCUAACGGAGGACAGAACUGCACUGGGGACUCCACUCAGGCGAAGAGUUGUAAACUCACAUCAUGCCCUGGUGAGAAAUAUAGAAAGUUGCAUUUGGAUGCUUGAGUUUCCUUUUAAAGUUUUUGAUAGUCAGCAAAAGUUCCGGAAUUCCAUCGGCAAGCUGUCCGCUACUAAUAUUCCCUUGCGAGCAGUUUCUUUUUUUCCUAUUAAUGACAGCUGCUUUCUUUUUUUCUCUUUCCUACCACACCUAAAUAAAAAGAAGCAGCCGUUAUCACUUGUUAAAGUUAUGUUUGAUGAGGCCAAUAGUAACAAUAUUUCUUGAUUGA